CAUUGUCAAUCCAGUACUCAUCAUUUGUCCAUUUUAUUUUUAACUGCACGCGAAAUAAAAUUUGAAGUAAUGUUCAGUUUAUGUCAUUUUCCUUUUAUUUUACCCAUUUGCUAUUCUUUAUGCGCUGCAUGUUUAAUUGAGCCCCUUUGCUCUGAAACUUUCGCAAGGUUUUCCUGUCAAAUUUUCCAAAUAAUUGAAAUUGUUCAUUUAAAAAAUUUGAAUGAGCAUCUGUAAUUGUGCCUCUUGCAAAGACCUACAAAUAAUGAAUUGAUGAGGUGGGGUUAUUUGAGAUGUAGUUUAGCUGAGCCUCCACUACAUGUUACAUUUUAAACAUUGACUUCAACAUUUCUGUCGUAAGUCAUGGAAAUAGUCCACUCCUAGAGGCCCCGUAUAUUGAAAUAUACCAACAGGUUUAAUAUGUUAUGCAUACAAACAUAAUAGAAUCGUAUGUAUAAAAUUAUCAGAAGGUAGGUAAUCUCAAUGUCCAGUCAACGCAAGCAUAAUGCCAAUCAAGCAAGGUAAAAGGAACUGUUUUUUCAGCGUGCACGUACAGUAUGACAGGGAAUUCAGGACAAGAUCACGGGGCGAGACUAGGCACAACUCGAGUUCAAUUAUACUGAAAAGAUUGUGCAGUAAAAGAAAUCAAUGGUAAAGAUUAUUUUGAUUUAAAAAAUGACCCCGGAAAGUAAAAAUAUAAACAAAGAAACAAAUGAAAAACAGCAACUAACAAAAUGUAAAAUGUGUAGGCCUAUUAAAAAGAGGAAAAACAAACCGAUACGAAUAGGUGCGUCAACUGACGCAAUGAUAACUACGGGAAUGUAAGUUGAAGAGAAUGCUCAAGUGAAGAUUUAAAAGGUACACAAGUAUCAAGAUGACACUUCAAACGUGACGUGGAAUGGCGUAAUAGUGUGCCAAAUUAAAGUGUUCAGUAUGAUUCAAUUAAAUUUCAUCGACAUGCAUUAAUAUGCUGCCUAAGUUUAUAAUGUACUCAAAACUUUAUGAUCCCAGGUCCACGUCUGUUUGCCCAUGGAGGUGGUUUGUCCAGUCCCGCCAAGAAAAUAAUUAAUUUAUGGAUUGUAAUACUGCUUUUGGCCCCCUAAUCAGCUGUAAAAAGUCUGUUAUAUCCGUUUUUUCCAGUUUUGUUUUGUCCUGGUGCGGCAGUGUAUGUGGAGAAGGGAGGGAUCUCAUUCAGUAAAUGCUUCGUCCGCAUAACUCGCACAACGUGUAAUACAACGUGUAAUACACCGAACAAGUCUUGCAGCGAUCUGCUGUGCAUGACGAUUUGGCGAGGUGAAAGGGGAAUGAUUGGUGUGUGUGGUGCAGACGUCAUUGGUUGUGUACAGAUACAUGAACACUGCACUGUGUAGUUCCGUGUGUGCCGCAUGUGCAUUCAUGUAUGCACCAAGUUGUUCCAGGCAUGCAAUCAGCAUGAACGUGUUAAAGCUCAGCUCCACUUGAUAUCUUUGAUUGUAGUUUCCAUUCGCCAUUGUGCUGUUCAUUCGAGGUAUGGCUGCCUCGUACAAGGACCCGUUAAUGGCCGCCCUCAAAGUAGUGUGGAGGCGAAUCAUCAGGCAGCCACUGAAGAUGGUGGGCCUCCUCACCAUUUCUAUCGGCUGCCUGCAUGUCUGUCUCCGCUAUAGUGAGUGGGGACGGAAGCACAGCGCUCUCGGCCGGGGAAUUCACGGCCUGACUGGUGCUGUUGGCAGCAGCAAGAUACCGUCGGACGCUGAACUGGAAAGUGGACAGCAACUUCCAGCAUAUCGGGAGUGUUCGAAUUCAAAUAGGUCCUCUUUGAAGCCGAGAUGCAUCGCCCGCAAUUUGAGCAUCCGGGGGAACGCAAGUAACAAAGAAAGUGUUCAGGGCGAGGAAUUUGGAGAUACGUCGACAAAAAGCAAACAUUAUGCUCCCUUCCCAUGGCCCAGGAGAGAGAAACUCAUGCCAAACUACCUUCUGAAUUUAAACGGUGCCGAGGAGGUUAAAAGUACUUCGUUAAAUAACGAUGUGCUGAUAUUUUUGCACCACAACAAAGCCGCGGGCACUACUGCCAAGGAGUGCUUACGACAAGUCGUUAAGGCCACUGAUCGAGAACUGGGCCACGUCCUUAGCAGUGAGGGCCGCCUGGGCCUGCUUUCCAAUCUCAGGAAACUGCACCGUAGAGGCAAGCGGCGUCCCGACACCUACUUCGGUGGGUACGCGUUCGGCGCAUGCGACGAGCUGCAGCAGCCUUGCUCCUACUUCACAGUCCUACGGGACCCUUACACCCGGACGUUGUCGUCCCACUCGUACUGCAAGAAGGCGAGGACGGAUCAGCUCUGCACGGCCCUGCAUGCCGAAAAGACAACGCUUCGCGAAUGGGCGCUGCACCAGGGCAGCUUUUUCUUUCGGCAGCUGGUCUUCCAUCCCGAGUUUUGCAGCGACAAAACCAAGUGGAUUCCGUUUGUUGACUUGAAGGGAGAGCCGCACGAAUUUGAGGGCUCGAAAUCUUUGGAGGACGCCACCUGUUGGUUCCGCCAGAAACUCAUUAUGUCUCUGACGCUGAACCGUACAGAGCAUGAUGCCCUGCUUCAGUACUGUCUCGACAAUCUUGAACAUUGGUUUAAGGUUAUUAUGUUGGUCGAUGAGUUUGACCUCUCAUUGGCCAUGAUGGAGCUUGCAUACAAACUACCUUUUCAUGAAUUAUGCAGUGGUAGCCAUGUUAACAUUGGAUCAUACGAAAAGCAUGGGAAUUCAACAAAUAUAAAGCUAAAAUCUAACAUAACCAGUCCCAAUUCCUCUCUCCUCAAUGAUUCCAUUGCGAAUCAAAUACGAGAUCUCAAGGCAGAUCCAACAGUUCAAGAUGUCCUCAGGGCAGACAUGAUGAUCUAUCAAAAAGGUUUGGAGAUUUUUGAAAAACAGAAAGACAUAUUCUUGAAAAUUAAUCAUGGAGAAAAAGUGAACGCGGAUUAUUUUUAAUGCUGGUAUGAGUCGAUCAGCGGGUUGUCAACUUUCUUCGUUAAAAUACAACGUUACUCUGGUUUGUUCCUUGCCACCUUGCCAACUUUUUUUAUUGUAGUUAAAAUACCAAGGGCCAUUUUAUCUCACCAUAGAGGAAGGACACAGAAGGAGUUGCAACUCUGGCACUUCAAUGUGUUCAAUGAUGCAUGUCGUCUAGUCAGACGAAUAAUAGAAAAUAUUCCAAGCAUGCCUAAUUACUGCCCACAUUCUUUGCCGGACAAGCGGGGCCAGCAAUGUUUUGUUUGCAAUUAAAUACAAACUUUUGCUGUGUCCAGGAAAUAAAGAAAAAUACCUGAUAUUAGACCUACGUUUGUACGGAAGCGUAUAAGGGCCACUUGCAAAAAAAAGUUUUUCGAGACACUAUCUCUUGCCGCGGCUAGACAGGCGAGUUGCAAGUGGCCCUCAUACGCUUCCGUACUUUUGCCAUCGUGAAUAAACGUUUUUAAUUUUGAUACACUGUUCCAUUAUCCAUGCAAAGUUUGUAAGUUAAUUCACCUCCCUUGGAGAAGACUGGCAAACCAAAUGUUGACUACUACUGGAAAGCUAAGUUCGUAAGGAACAAAAUGUGCCAUCUCGUAAAAUACGUUUUUGUACAUAAUUAUGUAAUAAUGAAUAUGAUUUAAACAAAACACAAAAUCUUGUGAACAACGGGCAAUUUAUUCCAAAAACAACUCCAGAAGAAAGCGUUCAUUAAGAGCAGUGACUUCACAUGCACAUUUAGGGCACACCGCGUAAUGCAAUCAACUGCGCUAACAUUAAAUCCGAAGUUGUUAUGGGAUCAUAUCAAGCACCAACUAAGCAUGAAUAUUCAAUUUCCUAUACCAGCAGAUUACCAGCGAAAAAUUGCGGCGGCGAUCAUAGGGUACGAAGGGGUUUUGUGGUUGUGAAAAAGAUGACGCAUAGCAAGCGCUCGCUGCGCUCUGGCUAUGGACAUACCGGGCAUGCCAGAAAGCGGUAAUUAGCCAGAUGAUACUAUACCCAGGUCAGUUCAAACUCCUGUCAUUUUCCUCUAUGAUUUCACCAACCACCGAAUGUCAUGGUUAAAGCAGCCCCCAACUCCAUUCUGAUAACAGGGCAAUCGUGGGACCUUACCUCUGUCGAUUGCUAACCUUGUGUUUGGGUGUGUACCCUGUACUGUAUUUCAAGUCUUUGCGUAUGCAACUGCACAUCUCAGUUAAGUUCACUUCAAGUUGCUCCCUUGAUGAAGUCUCUGAAUCUACUGCCUCGAUGUUUGAGGGUGAUUCAAUCGAGUUUUCUAUAGGAGUCUACAAUCCAGACACAAACUGUUAAGUACCGUCUUUGUCGUUUUUAUCUCCAAGUGCUCGCUUUCUAGUUUUUUUUUUUGGGGGGGGUGGAUUUGUUUUGUUUCAUUGCCUCUUCGUCCUGAUUAUUGGUCAGUGCAGUCGACCAACUUAGAACUGGACAUGUUUCCUUCAUUGUGAAUGCUGUGUGCAGUGUUACGCUAUUUUGCUCAGCGUAUCUUUUGUUAACGUACAGUCAGUGGUUUUACUGUGUCAAAAUCGUGUUUAACGACCUUUUACCGUUGAACAAAGUGAUCCGUUAAGUUUAAGUAACCUGUCAUUGCUGCAUCUUGCCAGAGCUGAUCGAAAUGAGUUCACACUUACUGAGCAUUUUUUACUUAAUUGUUAAUGUCUUAUGUGUCAUGUCAAAUUUUGCGUCGUUUUUAUUAUGAUUUCAAAGCGAUUUCAGCUUUAAAAAGGCCCACAUGUAAAGUCAAUGCCACGGAAACAAAAGUUUGCAUUUCACUGUUACUAAUUAUUUAUUUUCCCCACUUGUGCUCGAAAAUUAAUUAGCCAUCUUUUCAAAUGAACAAACAUCCUAUCUAAUUUCAUUUUACGGAACGUUGGCCGAUUAAACUUCUUUUGAAUUAAAUCACUAUAUUUGAUUGAAUUUUAAACAACAACACUAUAUUUGAUUGAAUUUUAAACAACAACGAUUUUUAAAAAAAAAUCACCGAUUUGAUCAACAUUUUUGAAAGGGCAAAAGAAUUUUCAACUGAUUUGAAGUUUUCCCAGUACUUACAGUAUUGAUGAGAAGUAUGGAUACAUGUUGUUACAGAUAGUCUUGGUUGGCUGAAAUUUUGUGUUCAAUUAAGGCACUUGCUUUUGCAUUCAGUGAAUGAAUUACUGUCGAACCUCAUUAAUAAAAUAUCCUUCGGACUUGGCAAAUCACUUUGUUACAACAGGAACCUUGUAUAAUGAUAACAAUUAAAAACAAAGGAUUGGGAUCUAAAUUUAACUUAUGAGCAGAAUCUUGUAGUAUAACGGUGCGCUUAUUAACGAGGUUUGACUGUAAAUGAUUUAUCCUGAAUUAAUGUAACUUGAUUUAAAGUGACCACCUCUGAAUUAAACAUGGUUUUAAGUAUGGGUGUA